CUCAUCUGGUUUCUCAGAGGCUCCAGACCGUGUCCGGCGCUCACACCCUCCGAGGCAUGACAUGGUUCAGGAUUCUUCAUAGCGAGCGGGUCAACGCAAAGACAUGGACUUCAGCCAAAUGAGGCAUUAAAAACAGCUCAACCUAUUGGACUGGACAAACAAACACUUGAGUUGACCUUGGAGCGCUGAAAGAAGCGGAGUGGAAUUGUUCCAUGAUGGCAGUCCCGAAUGACAGCUUCAGUUUGAACUCCACCUUCUCGCCUUAUACAAGCAAAAACAGCGAGAACGCGUCUGGUUGCGCAGACUGGCCACGGGUGCCUAUGACCACCAUCAUCCCCACUAUCUACAGCAUUAUCUGCGUUCUGGGCAUCAUUGCCAAUACCCUUGCUGUGUGUGUGUUGGCCCACACCAGCGCCUCAAGAAGAACUGUGGCCAACACGUUCAUGCUGAACCUUUGCAUAUCGGACCUUUUGUUCCUGCUGUCUCUCCCGCUGUGGGCUGUCUACUACUCGCAAGGCUACAGCUGGCCCUUCGGACGAGUGACUUGCAAGAUCUCCGGUAGUCUCCAUAAUCUCAACCUGUAUGCCUCCAUAUUCUUCAUCACUUGCAUGAGCAUGGACCGCUACCUUGCUCUGGUGCACCCACUGCGCUCUCAGAGUGUUCGAGACCUGAAACGGGCCAAGCUCAUGUGCGUCCUGGUGUGGGUUAUGGCAUUUGCUUGCACGGCGCCAACCAUAGCGCUGAGGGACACUCAUUAUAUCGAGGCGUAUGACGUGGAAGCUUGCGUGAUGAUCUAUCCGGAUGCCACCUGGUAUCCGAGACUGGCCUGGAUGAAAGUACUCCUGGGCUUUUUGCUGCCGAUGCUCAUCAUUACUUGUUGCUACUGUGCUAUUGGCAGACAUUUCUUGGCUGGUUCCGGCCUCGUAAGCCUGCGGAAACCGUCGCGCUCUGCCAGCGCAUUUAAAUGCUCUGGGUCACAGGACGGCUGCGCUAAACCGGAGAGACCCCCGACCCCCUGUGUGAACCCCGGCUCCGGAGGAGGCAGACCCAUGGAGGGAAGGGGGCUGGAAAGGGUCCUGUGGACCGUGGCUGCUGUCGUUUUGGCCUUCUUCCUUUGCUGGUUCCCCUUCCACUGCGUGACAUUUAUAGACAUACUGAAGAGUGAUGACUGGCUGGACGGUUGCUGGGCCCAGUGGGCCAUCCAGAAUCUCACACCCCUCACCCUCUGCUUGGGCUUCUCCAACUCUGCCAUCAACCCAGUGCUGUACUGCUUCAUCGGGAAUCAUUUCCGGGGCCGACUGGGCACCCUUAGUAAGGGUCUGUGUGUGCAUUUGAAGGCACGUGAAGAGGAUCACAGUCAGAAGAGGGGCUCCUUCAGCACUCGGCUCAGUUCUUUCUCCCGAAAACUCAGCGACUUGAAAGAUCUGGCGGUUGUUGACGCCUCUGCGCAUGCUUAGGCGACUGAAGAGGGAACACUGGGCAGAACAGUGAGGAACAAAUUCAUGUAACCCAGAGGUUUCAUUAUAUGACUUCCUUCUGUGUCUUUGGACAAAAAGAAAAAUGAAUCCCUGGUGAAAAAAAACUUCAGUUCAGUUGUUGUGCCUUUAGGUGUCCUUCGUCAAUGCACUGAAAGGGUUAAGUAAAUCGAGAUAACUUCGACGACGAUUGUAUCUUCUUCUAUACAUGUUGUUCAAGAAAUCAAUUGCAGCAGCUUUCAGUCAGACCAACAACACAUUUUAAUGGAUUUAUCUGUGCGAUUUGUGCAUUUCAUGACAUCAAAAUCACCAAUGUAUCACUCCUCCCUCACCAUCAAGACUUUUCUAGGUUCUAAUGUCCACUCCAAAUCUUAUCCCUGUGCUUGUGGGCCCCCCCCCCCCCCCACCCAGUAUUCCGACUUCAUAUAACAGGUUAUGGACUUCUGCACAAAUGAAAAACAAAAGAGGAAACGAGUUCUCAUAAGGAAGGAGACGAGUUCUCAUAUCGGAACUGCAUCAAAAAUUCUGCCUUGACAAAGAUAUAAAUGCUCAAUUUUUCUUGACACUGUCCGAGAGGUAUUCAUUUAACAAUUUGUUUAUUAGGUUGUGAAAACGCACUUCAACAUACUGAAGACUGUGUCUCAUAUUAUGACUCAAUACAUUUCUAUACCCACUGUACCUAAUGCUAUCUCUCAAGCUAUUAAAAGGGGAAGUUUCAAAUGUUUUGCUUUGCUUUGCUAGUGCUCAACUUUACUUUGCCAUUCAGGUCUUACCACUGGAAAAAAAAAUGUCACGGUGUUAUGCCUCUUCAUAGUGUUAUAUCUACCGUAGCUAAAUCCAAGAUACUCAAAACCUGGCCAGGGCAUUAAGCAGAAAUCAUUUGAGGUUUAACGGCAUCUACAAUUGUAAAACUUUAUUGCGACAGUACACUGAAAAAAAAAAUGUGAUGAAUUUACUCUUUUUUAUUAUGUUAGGUGGUUACACACAAUGAAAUCAUUUGGAUCUAGAUAAACAAACAUUUUAAGUCGAUAUAUAGUCUAAUUAAAAAGUGUCGGAAUCUAGAUGCUUUUGCUUGCAAACAUUUGACAAAAUAAAUUUGAAUAUAUUCAACACACCAUUUUUUUCAGUGUACUGUCGCAAUAAAGUUUUACAAUUGUAGACGCCAUUAAACCUCAAAUUAUUUCUGCUUAAUGCCCUGGCCAAGUUUUGAGUAUCUUGGAUGAAGCUACGGUAGAUAUAACACCAAGAAGUGGCAUAACACUGUGACAUGUUGUUUCUAGAUUAUGUAUGAAGUUAUCGGAUUCAUUUAAGAUGGUGCACACAACCGUAUUUCUUGCAAAUGACAUCAUAAUACCAAACAAAACAAAAACAAAAUGAACAGCAUUGGGAACGACCAUGAUCAAGUUUUAUAUCUCAGUAAAGGUUGAUACACUUGUUUGUAAAUCCAAAUGAUAUUUAAACUGCUAAAACAUAAUUAUUAAUAAACACUGAACACAUAUAUUUAUGAAUACUUUGAUUUCUGACUUCACAGCGGAGCAUAGUGAGCUCGAAUUUGGCCAUUAAAAUGGUGAAUUCAGUUCCUCGACAUAAAUGGUGAAAUGGUAAGUGUUCACUUCCUGAGCUUCAAUGUUCUCUUCAUGACAGGUGGUUCUCUUCAUACAUUUGUCAAGAGCUGUAUUAUAGCAAGAUAUGGUCAUUAGGAAUACCAAUCCAUAGUAUAGAAAACUGUAUACACUGCAUUGACAUUGUAUCAUUUCCAAAUAUAAUUACUAGCAAUGUAUUUGCCUGAAUUAAAAAA